AAUGGCUGAAGCAUUAUUUCUUUUGCAAGAAGCGUGUUCGGAAACCAAAGCUUACAAUGGUUUCUCGAAAUUACCACAUGGCUAUCACAAAAUUUACAAAUUCAAAUUGGCCAACAACAAACAAUUCAACCCAAAAGAGAAAAAAACAGCAAAAAAAGUGUUAUUGGUAGAAUUAAAAGAUGAGGUGCUGUUUUUGCCGGAAUAUUUUGCGCUAGCUAUAAAAGAGGAUGAACGUAAGGUGUUUGAUUUAAACAACGAUGGAGUUGAAAAGUUCCUGUUUUUUGGCGGUGCACGACCAAACAAGUCAUGGAUCAUUCGUAUUCAUACGCUUGAAGAAGUGCGUGCGGCAGGCGGUUUACCAGUCGACUAUGAUAGUCAGCUAACAUAAAUAACGAAACCAAUUUGAAUGCGGCAAGCGUUUGUCUCUCGACAACAUAACAUGAAUAUCAAAAACCAAUAUGAAUAAGUUUCAAUAAACAUUGUGUAUAACGAAAAACUAUUUUGUUUGUUUUUGUAUGAUUAUUUUCAGAAUAUUUGUAUC